UUUGGAUCAUCAGAAGAGAAGACGUAGCAGAGCAGGAGAAUCAGAUUCUUCAGAAUGGCAGUGAUGGACUCAAGCUCGACAGCAGUUUUGCUCCUUCUGCUUGCCUCUGCUGGCAUAGCAAGCGCUGCUCUGACAUGGGAUAGACAGUUUUUGGAUCCUCACAAUGCAGCUCGUAAUGCUGUCAAAGUCCCCAACUUGUCAUGGGACUGGAAUCUGGCCAAGUACGCGCAGAAUUGGGCCAACAAUCAAGCCCGUGACAACUGUAAGCUGAAGCAUUCCAUGGGCCCAUACGGUGAGAACAUCUACUGGGCAAGCUGGAGCAGCACUCCCUUGGAUGCAGUAAAGGCCUUUGUCGACGAGAAGCCGUUCUACAACUACGCAUCGAACACUUGCAAAGCAGGCGAGAUGUGUGGGCAUUACACUCAGGUUGUCUGGAAGACUACGACGAAGGUCGGUUGUGCAUCUUCGAAGUGUCCCGGGGGAGGAACUUACACCGUGUGCAGCUACAAUCCUCCAGGGAACUACAUUGGCAUGAGGCCAUACUAGACCACAUUGAGGACAUUAGCAACACUAGCGCCCAGCUAGCCCACGUACUCGAGAAGGGAACCGCGAAAGAGCCGCCUGGUCAAGGAAUGAACCAUGACAGGGCCAAGUCCGUUCCAUCGUGCUCGUUUUGGGCUGAUUUGUGGUGUUCCGGGCAAUAUGUUGUCAAAUGUACGUACCUACUAAAAAUUUGAUAGAAUCAGUGAACGUAGCACUGGUGAAUAAACAUCACUCACUUUCUAGAAAAGUGUAAGCAUGCGCCCACUUAGCCCAGGUAUUAAAUUUCUACAUAAUCGCCAGCUUCACCCAGACAGGCAGCCGUCCUCCUCAUCGCGUUUCGCUGCAAAGUCGGAAGUUUUUGUGUCUCCCUCUGCUGGGCUGAUUGGUGGUGUUAGCAACUCCAUUGUUUAAAGUGGACAUUUGUUCUCGGUGUAAUAAACCCGACUUAC